UAUCUCGAAAAGGCAUUACUGAGAAUUCACUCAUGGCGUCGAAGAAGAAGAAAGAAGCGGAAGGAAUCGCUUUACUGUCGAUGUACAACGACGAAGAAGAAGACGAAGAAAUGGAAGCUUUCGAAGAACAAGAACAACAGAGUGGUUAUGAGGAGAAGAGCGCCGUCGAGGAAGCUUCGAGAAACGACGAUUCUAUGCUUACUGGAGACGCUACCCCGCCUGUUCCUCAUCAGAAUUCGAAUUCGACCUCAGAAGAUGAUAGUUUUGGGCGUUUAUCCCCGCAGCAGGCUCAGGCACCGUCACCCCAGCAACGGGUGGUUCCUACGGUGAGGAAUGGUAGAGGGAGGCUCACGAUUGUUGAUUAUGCUCACGAUGAGGUUGCUAUGUCCCCAGAACACGAGGAGAUGGAGAUACAAAGCAGUGAUGAAUCAAAGUUUGGAGCGAAGAUUCAAACUGCUAAUGGUGACGUAGAAGGAAAAAAUUCUCCGGGAACUGCCGUGCUUUCAACACCUGGCAUUCACACAAGUUCUCUAUCAUCUGAAAAUUUAGAACAGUCAGAAUCUGAUAUGAUAGCUGAUGCUAUUGUCGAAGCAGAGGCUGUAGAAGGUAUGGGUGUUGAAAUGUUUCCUGUGGAAGCUGUUGAUCUAUUGGAUAAAUUUCUGCCUCCACCACCAAAAGCUAAGUGUCCAGAGGAGCUGCAAAGAAGAAUAGAUAAAUUUCUGGCUCUGAAGAAAAUUGGGAAAAGUUUCAAUGCAGAAGUACGCAACAGGAAAGAUUAUAGAAACCCGGACUUCUUGCUGCAUGCAGUGAGGUUUCAAGAAAUUGACCAGAUUGGGUCAUGUUUAUGUAAUGACGUAUUUGAUCCUCAUGGUUAUGACAAAAGCGACUAUUAUGAUGAAAUAGAAUCAGACAUGAACCGUGAUAGAGAAAGGAAGGAGCAAGAACGGAAGAAAAGUCCGAAGGUUGAAUUUGUUUCAGGAGGGACACAACCUGGAACAGUGAUUGGGGCACCAAAAUUUAACCUGGCUAUUCCAGGUGUUCCAGCUGUAGUUUCCAGUGGAUUACCUUCUGUGCCAACUGCUGUAGGUUCUGUUGUUCGGGAUGGCAGACAGAACAAGAAAUCAAAAUGGGACAAGGUGGAUGUUGACCAAGCAAAUUCUUCUACCAAAGGGACCCAGGAUUUGUCCACUGCAGGGACUCAUACAGCAAUUUUGAAUGCUGGUGCUGGAUACACAGCUUUUGCGCAACAAAGACGGCGAGAGGCAGAAGAAAGGAAGUCCAGUGAAAGGAAAUUUGGUAGAAGAACUUGAAAGGAAGUAUGGUAGGAGAAAUUGAGCUUUGUAUAUUCUUUUAGUAGCUUAACUAUAAACCAAUCUGGUCAGUGUUCCUUUAAAGUGUCAUUAACUGUUGUAAAUCGAAGAGUUUCUAAUUUCACACUUCUACUUGUCAUCCGACAGUGAUGUAAUUGCGGAGUUUGUUAAAUAUAUUGCAGAGAACAGAACAAUAUCCUAAUCU